GCGCCAUUCAUCGCCCUCUUUACCUCUGUCAUUUGUUCUCCCGGGAAGUACCAGGUUUUCUCUUUUUCACCGCAGGUAGGCAAGUUCUUUUUGUUCGCCGCCAUGUCCACCGGUAGUCUCUCGGAGGAGACCGUGCGGUACUUCGAGGAGAAGAACAUUUCAUUUAUACUCGAUGAGGCGAUGCACAACGUCAUGCAGGCCAUGCCUGAGGACCCACUGCAGUUUCUCGAGGACACGCUGCGCAAACCCACACCGCUUCGUGUAAUGGUGGUGGGCCCUCCUGGCAGCGGCAAGUCCACCUUGGCAGCGAAACUCGCGGAGCGCUACGGCGUCGUGCACGUAGAUGCGUCGCCAAAUGCAGCGACAGGCGAGAUCACGGCCGCUGCUGACAUUCUCCCCCGUAUCACCGAAGCACACAAGAGUGGCCGGGGUUGGGUGCUGGACGGAUUUCCCGAGAGACGUGCCAACACCAUUCAACUGCAGGCGUACGGGGUGUCUCCGCAGAUGGUCUUUGAGCUGCAGGCUCCGGUGGGUAUCACGAUGGCGCGCAUCACCAGCAACCGUAAUGAGGGGUCACACGUCAGCGAGGACGCCAUCAUGCAGCGCUACAGGUAUUACGACAUGCGCAGGGCGGAGGUGGCGGCGGCGUACCACACGUGCUACACCGGAGUGUCCGCAGCCGGUAGCCGCGAGGAGGUCCUUGAGCAAGUCUCCAAAGCAAUCGACGGCUUGAAGCUUUCGUAA